GUCUGUGUCUCUGUGUGUGCACAUACCGGGGGUCAUGCCAACAUGGGAGGGACCGGGCCGUCAAGUGGACAGCUCUCGAGCCCUCCCUCCCACCGCGCGCCACUCCAAACCGGGAGCCGCGCUUGAGGAUGAUGCCAACCAGAGAUAGACAGGCUGUCGAGGGAGGGAGAAAACCUGCACAGUGACACAACUAGAGUAUCGAGGAGGUGUCUGAUGAGUGAGAGUAAAACUGGGAGAGUUACAGAACAAAGGACAAAUAAAGAAUAGAGAGGAACGGGGAAACAGCCCGAAGCUGCUGACUGGGUCCCGUUUGCCCGCGCCGAUGCCAGUUGAAGACAGUCUACCGAGGCAGAGCACACGGGGACGGCCACUGAAGUGAAAAGCUGCGUGGAACGAACACAGCUGGAGCUUUUGUCGGUGACUGAGAUGAUGGAUUCACCCACAGAUCUUUUCGAUGACUCCUCUCCCCAGAUACAUGCCUUUGUUCCUCCUCUAAGUUCUACAGAGCUACCUGGAGUUCAUUCUCAGCCCAGUGCAGGCCGCCCACUUCCUGCCUUUAGACCUCCUGGCUUCUCUCUAAUCCACCACCUCCUCCAGCCAGGUGGAGCCCCCAGGAGGAUUGGAGGACAACUCGACACAAUCCUGGGCACACACAGGCACUUGGAAGACAGACAUUUGGAAGAAGAUGCAGGAGAGAGGGGUGGACAGGUGGAGCAAGGGAUGGAAAGAGGAAAGGAGGGAGUCAUGGAGGGAGAGGACAGUGUGCUGGGGGUUAAACAGAGACACAGUGACACCACCCUUGCAGCAGAAUGGAGUCAGGAUGUCUUGAAAAUGAAGAGGAUGAAGCUGGAGAGCCGACAGAGAGAUAGAGAGGCCGAUGGGAGAGGCAGAAGGUGCGAGGGAGGGAAGGAGGGUAGAAAACGUGAGAGGGAGGAGUUGAAAGAACAGCUGGAGGAGGCAAGAGAGAGACUGCAGGCCCUGCAGGAGAAGGUAUGGAGGGCUUUUGGGGAAAAGCACAUGGCAGAGGAGAAGGAAAAAAGUAGGUGCAGGAAUAAAGACAGAGGAGCAGCAGAUGGAGGAGAAGAUGUGGGAAUCACAGAAGAGGAGGACCUCACAGAAGAAAUGUAUGACGAAGAGGAUAAUGGAGAUAUGGAAAAGGAAUCUUUUCCCCUUCUUUCUGCUUCCGCUUUUGAUAACUUCCACAAGCGGAAGCAAAAAGAGAGAGAAGUGAGGAUGGAGAGAGGAAGAGGAGGAGGAAUGCACUUAGAGGGCAUGAUGGAGGGAGCAGACUUGUGGUUGGAUUGUGGGGACCUGGUAAGAGGCAAUUGGGAUGGAGGGACAGAAGAUGAGGGUGAAGAGGAAGGGCAAAAGUUUGCUCAGGCGCUGAAGCUUGAGCUGGGCAGUGCUGUGGCCCGAGUCAUUGACCGAGUUCUCCACCUUUACACCGAAACAACAGAUUUCACUCCUUCCUCUCCUCCUGCCGCUAUUUCUUUUCUCCCAUCUGAUCUAGGAAGCGAGGGACGGAGGGAGAGAGGAUUAUGGAUGGGACUGCUAACAAGAGGAAAAGGGGAGGAAAAGAUGAGAGAUAAGGAGGAAAAGAUAGCAGUGCAGGAUGGGGAAAGAGAGAAGCAGCUCCAAAAGAGCAACGGGAGCACUGGGCCUCCUGGACAGCCGCAUCACACUGAACUAUCAGAUCUGACGCUGCCAUUGGCUGUUCAAAGAUCACCUGACACACGAAAGGUCCACCCACUCCUUGGCCCACCUCUUUCUACUCAGCUCACUCCCACUCACCCAAACCUCUCCCUGCAUCACCCGUCUCUAACUCGCCCUCCCCCUCUUUCUCACCCUCUCUUACCUCCAUCUUCACAACCCAAGGACUCCUCUGCCUCUUUCCAGCUGUCUUCAUCCUCCUCCUCGUCUUCCUCGUCUUCCUUCCCUGCACCUCCUCCUCCUCCCCCUCCUCCCCCUCUCCCUCUCCCCCUGCUGCACUACUCUAUGCAGCAGCUCUUCUCCCGUUCACUUCACCACCCCCAGCUCCCCCACCUCCCCCCGUCCCGCAAGGACUAUUUGAAUGCCGACCCUUUCCUGGACUUCUCCUCUCACCCCUCAACUCACCCCUCCUUCCCCUCACUCCCCUUGCUUGGUCACCUGGACCCUUCCCUUGCUCGCCAUGUCCAUGGAGGCAGAGAGAGGGAGAGAGGGAUGCGGGGAGAUGGAGGGAUGAGAGGAGGGGGAGGGAUGGAUGGAGGAGAGUUGUACCUGACAGCUGGGGGAACCCAGGAGGGCUUAUCUCCCUGUCAUCUGAAGAAAGCCAAGCUCAUGUUCUUCUACACCCGUUAUCCCAGCUCCAACACACUGAAGACCUACUUCCCUGAUGUCAAGUUUAACCGCUGUGUGACCUCCCAGAUGAUUAAAUGGUUCAGUAACUUCAGGGAGUUCUUCUAUAUCCAGAUGGAGCGCUUCGCACGACAGGCUGUCCGUGAGGCUCUCACCCGUGAUGGUGCAUCUCGCCUGGGCAGAGAGAAUCAGCUGAGAGUGGGACGUGACACAGAGCUUUAUCGCAUACUGAACAUGCACUACAAUAAAAGUAACAUAUACCAGGUCCCAGAGAGAUUCAUUGAGGUGUCUGAGGUGGCUCUGAGGGAGUUUUACUCAGCCAUUUGGACCGGAAGAGACAACGACCCCUGCUGGAAGAAAGGAAUUUACAAAAUUGUCUGUAAGCUUGACAGCCCUGUACCAGACGCCUUCAGACUGCCUGGCUGCCCUGUUGGCUGAUGAUUGAACCGCUUUCAUCUGGUACAUGUGCACAAAUGCAUGCACAAACACACACUUGCUGAAAGAAGGAAAAUUAAUAAAAGCAUUCGCAAAAUAUUUCAAAACAUGAGAAAUGACAUGAAGAAUUCCAUUCAGUAUACAUUUUAGUUCAUUCAUAAUUCAUUCACUUAAAAAAAAGAUUAUUUAAGGGUUUACUUACUUAUUUACUUGACAUGGUGUGCAGGAACGGACACAUACACACAUGAACGGACUGACACACUCAGUGCUGUGAUAAGAGUCUUGUGACUCCACUUAUCAAAGAAUGUGACAUACCAUUGUAUUACUAAUGGAGAGGAGAUCCCUCUGCAGACAUUCGUCACUUAAUCAGCUGACCUGUGAAAUCACAGUGCUGCUACACACGUUAGAUAAAUCUUUAGCCACACAGCUGGAAUGGACUGAUUUAACAACGCUGCUGUGUGUGGUGCUACUGCUACUCCACGAUUUCAGGUGUGUUGUUUAAAUUAGAGAGCAUCAUGCGCUGGCCACACAACACUCCUUCACAUGGAAAUAUAAUAUAUAGACAAUUCUAGGCCUCUAUUCUGUAAUCAAAUGCGCUGCUGACAAUGGCUUACUGAGCAUGGGUACUAAAUAAAAACACUUUUCAAGUACUUUGAGACAAAGAGUGUCACAUUAGGUGAUUGACCCUGUUUCUUCCAUCAUCACUUUCACUUUGAGCAGAGAGCAGUGUUCAGACUGAAAAUUCUAUGUUCAUGUUAAGAAAAAGUAGAAAUAUUGCUGUGUAAUCAUUAACAACCUUGUAUAAACAAUCCCAACUAAAUUGUCAGGGCUGCUCUCCGUCAGGGGUGUUCACAAUUUUAUUGGAGCCUUGUCAAAACAUCAAGUGUGACUUUUGUUUUCUAGAAUUGACCUCUUAUUCUUGCCUUGUGUGUGGCUCCUCUGGAGAUUCAGAACAGCCACUGGCAUUCAGCAUGCCCCACAGCGUCUACCUUUUACAUAUGUACAUUUUUCCAUGGCUGUGAGGAGGCUUUCUUUUUCUCCGACAACAUGAGGCUGUCAUGUUUGUAUUCAAAAUGGGUUUUGUAUCCAUUUUAGAAAUUGGACAUGAAAAUCUUUGUAAUUAAUGUUGCAUAAUAUAAUGGUUAAUUUGCUUAAUUAUAAGAUUUUUUUAAGUUAACAUUACCCGUGUUUCAUAGAACUGUCAGAUCAGUGAAUUUCUUUUGCUUGUGUAUUCAUCUCUCUGUUUAAUUGCUAUAAAGAUUUUGUACAUGAUGACACAAUGUAAUCAAACUGUAAUUAAAAUUCUGUCAAGAGGGACAAUAUAUUGAAUUUAAAAUGGUAAAAUUAAUGUUUUGUUUUUCCUUGAUGUCCUAUUGUUGAAAUGCUUACUUAGUAUGUUUUUGUAAACCUUUACAUUAACUAUAUCAGCAUUUGUUUCCCAAAGGUAUUGAGGAGACUUUCACUCUGUCUACUGUAUGUCAUGACUCUUUUAUCCAGAAGAAACAUGAAAACGUUGGUUCACUGCUGCAGAUAAAGGUGUCCUCUGACUUCAUCACAACUCCAUGAGACUGAGCCCACAUUUAAAGUAUUUGUGACGUGUUUUCAAGUGCAUUUUCCCUAUAUUUACAUUUUGUAUUGUAAUCUCUUGUGUUUCUUUUAUUGCUGUUAAUGGUAUCUCUUUUAAGACUGUACAUAUUGUAUUCUUUACUGUAGAUCUGUGCCUCAUUCAUACUUUGGUGAAUUUUGAUGUUUAAACCUAUCAGUGAAUUAAAGUGA